UCUCAACCCUUGAGUUGGAAAUGACUUCUAAUAAUGCAAGGCUACGGCGGGAGAGAGGUUCUCGACUGAUAUUGUGGCACUAAGUUAGCAAAGUUGAGUCUUUCAUCACUCAGUUGAUACAAAACCAAUGGAGGAACAUUGAACACCUCAAUGAAGGUUAUCUUUUUGAAAGCGUUGCGGGAAAAAGACGGGGAUAGCCACUGAUCCACAGCCUGGGAGAAAACCCACUACCAGUGGGGGUUAUAUACAGAGAGGAGAGCCCUCAGCUGAUCAACUUCUAUAGAGCACCAACUAACCAACCAACACUUGGGUGUCCCUCUCGCCUGGAAUCCCAACAUCUGCUGAGUCAUCAGUAGUGAGUCAGGGUGUCAUGGCCACCGGGCCCAGAACACGCAGAGAUCACCCCUCAUAGUGCUUCCCCCAGCCAGCCACCUGCAGACACAUACACAGGAGGAGGCACAGGGGUGGCAAUGAUGACCACAUCACAUAUGAACGGUCAUGUGACUGAGUCAGACGGAGGAGGCGAGUCGAACCAGGAGGAGCCCCAGCAGUGGCACAGGGAGAUGGCAGUGGACUGCCCAGGGGACCUGGGUGCUCGUACCCUGCCUGUGCGGCGGUCUGCCCAGCUGGAGAGGAUCCGUCAACACCAAGAGGACCUGAGGAGGAGAAGGGAGGAGGAGGGCAGGAACAGACAGGAGCUAGAUCUUAAUGCUUCCAUACGGCUCAAGAAGCUAUCUCAGAACCCUAAGGUGGGCAUUGAUAACCCCACCUUUGACCCCAUCGAAGGCCCCGUAGGGCCCAUGGGACUUCCGCCCAACCUGGGGGCCCCUACUCUACUGGAGUUGGAGGAGCUGCUGAUGUCCCUAAAGCAGGUGCAGCACUGCCUGUCUGACGCCCAGAGCCAGGAGGACGUGGAGCUGGUGCUGCAGCUGGUCCAGAAGACUGACUUCCAGAAGGCCUUCAACAUCCACAACGCUGUGGCCCAGCACAUGAACAGGCCCAGCCCGCCCUUCCCACACACAGACCGCGCUCAGGGCCUGGCACAAGAGGUCCAGUCUAUGGUUCAUAACAGCCAACACAAGGAGGGCUUGGAGCUCAACACCCUGCUCUCUUCCCCACAUGUCCAGCCAGUGCUUCUGGCCCAUGACUGUGUUGCGGUGCAGGAGAUGCAGCUGGAGCCCCUGACCCCAGACGACCACUGUGAAACUCUCACCCAAUGGGGAGGGGAGACCGUCAAGAUAGUCUGCAUCGAGAAGGCCAGGGACAUCCCACUGGGCGCGACGGUGCGUAACGACAUGGACAGCGUGAUAAUAAGCCGCAUCGUGAAGGGUGGGGCGGCGGAGCGCAGCGGGCUGCUCCAUGAAGGAGACGAGGUUCUGGAGAUCAACGGAGUGGAGAUCCGAGGGAAGGACGUCAACGAGGUCUUCGACAUCCUGGCCGACAUGCACGGCAACCUGACCUUCAUCCUCAUCCCCAGCCCUCAGACCAAACCCCCGCCCAUCAAGGAGACUGUGGUCCAUGUGAAGGCUUACUUUGACUACGACCCGUCUGAUGACCCGUACGUGCCGUGCAGGGAGCUGGGCCUGUGCUUCCAGAAAGGAGACAUCCUCCACAUCAUCAGCCAGGAUGACCCCAACUGGUGGCAGGCCUACAGGGAUGGAGACGAGGACAACCAGCCCCUGGCCGGGCUAGUACCAGGCAAGAGCUUCCAGCAGCAGAGGGAGGCCAUGAAGCAGACCAUAGAAGAGGACAAAGAGCCUGAGAAGUCGGGAAAGCUGUGGUGUGCUAAGAAGAACAAGAAGAAGAGGAAGAAGCUCCUUUACAAUUCCAAGCAGAACGACGACUAUGACAACGAGGAGAUCUUGACCUAUGAGGAGAUGGCGCUCUACCACCAGCCAGCCAAUCGCAAGCGGCCCAUUGCUCUGAUUGGUCCUCCCAACUGUGGGCAGAAUGAGCUGAGACAGAGACUGCUGUCCAGCGAGCCAGACAGAUUUGGGGGAGCUGUCCCACACACGACACGGAACAGGCGUGAUGUGGAGGUGAGUGGGAGGGACUACCACUUCGUCUCUCGCCAGGCCUUUGACAUGGACGCCACCGCGGGAAAGUUCAUCGAGUCGGGAGAGUUUGAGAAGAACCUGUACGGAACCAGUACCGACUCUGUCCGUCAACUCAUCAACACGGGCAAGAUCUGUCUGCUCUGUCUGCACACACAGUCGCUGAAGAUUCUGCGUAACUCUGAUCUGAAGCCUUACAUAAUCUUCAUCGCUCCUCCCUCCCAAGAACGGUUGCGAGCCCUCCUGGCCAAGGAGAGCAAGAACCCAAAGCCGGAGGAGCUGCGAGACAUCAUCGAGAAGGCCCGUGAGAUGGAGCAGAACUUUGGCCACCUGUUUGACGCAGCCAUCGUGAACACAGACCAGGACAAGGCAUAUCAGGAGCUGCUGAGGCUCAUCAACAAACUGGACACUGAGCCACAGUGGGUCCCCUCCUCCUGGCUACGUUGAAGGAGCAAUAUAAUACAGACACAACACUAACCUGACACAGCACUCACUGGUUCAAUGAAGAGCUAGAGCUACCCUGGAUCAUGGACAAUAGUUGCCCAGGGGGAAGACCAUUAUUAGCUGAAAAUUAGCCUUGACUCCAUUCUCCAACCAGAAUCACAGUAUGAGACUAGUGGAAGAUCCUCAAUCAACACUCAAGCUGAAGAUAAAUAAAACACUUAAAAUGCUUAUCACUACAUGUGAUGUUGAACUGAACUGAGCCGAGCUCUUCUCUUCCCUUCUAAGACUGCCUGGGAAAAUGAAUUGUCUUUAUUAUUGCUCUGAUUAUUUGUCCUUUUUUUGUUGCUGGAUUUCUCUUCACUAAAUUAACUUUUCACAUUCCAGAGAAGUAUGUAAAGACUUGGCACUUGGUGGCAGAAAUAGAAUUAUUGCUUCUAUUCUGCUUUUGAUAACUAUUUAUAAUUGUAAAUAUAUUCUAUUUUUAGGAAGCUUUUGAUAAUAAGAAGAACCCAUAGCUUCUAUCUAUGGCAGGGAUGGGCAACUUUGAUAGGGGUUGGGGGCCACAAAAAAAUCUCAACUCAUCACGAGAGGCUGCAGUGGCUUGCGGGUCUGCGUACCCACAUCCAUACCCAGACUUGCAGUCAGAGCUUGCCUUGGUCUUUUGGGGGCUCUAAGUGAAAUUUUGUUGGGGGGGCCCCCCCACUUUGUGAGCAAAAAUUUUUUGGGGGGAAGGGGGCAGUGAAUGACUCCUACACAAAACUAUAGACACACACUGGUUGUUGUACCCUUGCUGUUUUCUUGACCCCGUGUGUGAGGUCAGGUGUGUGUGUGUUUGUUCAGUAAUGUAUCAUCACGGAUGUGAUUUGCUCACCUAAUGAAACCAUCUGUGAGGUAAUAACAUCCCGGUGUAGGACUAUGGGUCCUGAUUAGUUAUUUACUAUAUAGGGAAUAAGGUGCCAUUUGGGACGCAGUCAUGAUCUCUGCAUCUGGCCUCUAUCCUCUAAACUAUAGCAGCCCUGCUUUCAAAUACUAUUUGGAUCAUUGAAAAUACUUAAACUGUGCUUGAUUGAACUUGCCUGGCACAAAGGAACCAAUAUAAUUAUUCCAGAACGGUAAUCCCUAACCAAACUGGCACUCCACGUCGGCAAAAAGCAAAACCUUAGUAUUUGAAAGAUUUCAAAUGCUAUUUGAACCCUGGUCUGCGCUACAGCACAGUAUAAUGCGGGAGGCUCAUCUGAAUGGUGUUUUGACAUCGCAUUAAUUAGACAAUCCGAUCUGAGAGAUGGUGAAGAGCCACUUUCUCCUACUUACCUUAUACUCUUUUCACACUAUCAUGCCAACCAAAACUGGACUGUGCUGGCUCUGAUAUUUUCACAUUUUCCUUUCCAGGAACUUUGGUGGAUCGUAACCAGGUCAGUGUAGUACAGCUUGGUUCAGUAGUGUGAAAAGGGUACUGGAGGAUAAACCAGUCCUAACACACUACACCCCUUACCUCUACCCAAGCACUACGAGUCAUCGCUAAAUAGAAAACUGGCCUGUUUCCGAAUCACAGGAUUUAAACCAACAGUGAUGAUAUUGAAGAAAGAUUAUUAGAGGUGUUUAAAAGUUAUGACACUAAAAUCGUGAGGGGUAACUUUGUCUUCAUUUUCUCAAUCUCAGUAUUCAGUGUAACCAGCAGUAUUCUAUUCAUGGAAAACACUAAGGAACAUCUGAGCACCGCUGUCUGUGGGAUUCUCUUAAUAAUCAAUACUUCAUAAAUUUUGUUUGUUUGAAAUCGAUGCAUUUUAUAAUUCACUUAAAUGCAUUAUAAACUAUCCAACUAUGCUGUAUUUUAAUCCAGUUGUUUUCACCACAUGCGACAUCUUAAAUGUGUGAUUUAUUAUUUGUCAGUGAUUUUUCAAAGCUGUUAUUGAAAUGUUUGUUCUUCUUUUUGAUAUGGGUCUGUGAAAUUAACUUGACCGAACCGAAAAAUAGUUAUAUGUUUUUGUUUUUGCAUCUGGUGUUUCUAUGAUCAUAGGUUUCAGCUCACCCUUGAUUAUAAUAUGCUGGCUUUGUGUGAUUGUGUGUGUGCGUGCGUGCGUGCAUGCACAGAGGCAGGACUGUCACUGUAAUGCAGGCAAGUAUUAUCUCUAGUAGACACAAUGGAAAAUGGUCUUAGCAAAACUAUUUCACUUUUUUUAUUUUUUGGUUAUUGAUGAUAAUCAUGGUGUAUCUAGAUACUUAACAUUUGAUAUAUUUGUAAUGUUAAAGAUAGAUUUAAGUACAGAGUAAUGCACCUGUAGAAUGAUGACUCGACCACCUAUCCUAUCCCUCCGUUUUGGAUCUGAAACUCCAGGAACCGCUCAGUGCUAGCCUGAUCCCGGAUCUGUGUUUUUUUUUUUACGUAGCUCUUCUGACGAUUUGUCAUGUUUUCCAUAGAAGUUGGCUACAUAGGGCCGUAUUUAGUUUCUCAGAGUAGACGUGCUGAUUUAGGAUCAGGUCAUCCCUAUUCAUUGUUAUUAUUAUCAAAAAGGGGGAAAUUAUCUUAGAUCAGCACUCCUAUUCUGAGACAGAAUGGUGGCCAUUCAGAUCUGGGACCAGUCUAGUUCAGAAUGUCUAUCCCUUUUUAGUAUGCACAGUACACACCUUGUGUAGAUUUGAGCCGUUAACUGGAAGUAGAACUAAUGAAUGUAAAGUUGCUGUAUUAUUAAAAAUCACUUUCUUUA